GCACCUAUAGAUGUUACGCAAUUUGAGGAUGUUUCCCCUUUUUACGGGGGUGUGGCUGAUGUUGAGGGUACGUCCACUUCGCAUGUUCAUAAUUUUGGCGAAGGGACAAGCUCAACAGUUAGAGAAUGCUAUAAUGAGGAAGAACGUGAUGAAGAUUUCAUUCCUGGAGAAGACAGUUUCACAGAUGAUACCUCGGAAACAGAAUCGGAUAGAUCAAUAAACGAGGAGAGUGAACCAGAAUUUACAGAAGAGCACCCAUUUCCUAGUAGCAGUCAACACGUGUAUCGCGAGAUGGGUGAGUGGGACCCGUCUUGUGUAGACCGGGAUGAGCAUGUUGGGUUACGUUGGAAUGGAAAUGUUGAGACUAUCCGUUUGGGUACUGUUUUCCAGUCCAAAGAAGAAGCACAAAUGGGUAUCAUGAAUUGGAAC